CAGUGACACCAGUUAUGUGUUUGACCAACAAUUAUUCAGGUUAUGGGAUUCAAUCGAAAAAAGAAUGCCUGGGACAUCAGAAAGCAUACAUUUGAGGAUGUAUCAGUUAUGAAAGGAAGGGAGACCUGUUUUCAUGGCUGUUUGUACCCUACAUGUAUGGUAUCCUACCAAAGAAGAAUGUAAUUAUGCCCGGCUGUGUCGCCUUCUUGUUGAUAUUGGAUCACAUGUGCUAAGGGAUAUCUUUGACAGGAUAUGUCCACCAGGAAACCUUCACACAGUUUUGACAGACCCCAAAAUUCAUGCAAAAUUACAAACACUGCAAAAGAAUAGAGUCCUGAGUACCUCCCAGUGGUGCAGAUUGUAUCCAGUUAUCAAAUCUUCAGUUUCCUCUAGGGACUUUGACACCUCACUACUGUUACUUCUUCUGAAGAAUAUUGGUGGUCUGACCCUCCCUACCUCUAGUUGGGUUGACCUUCCUUUGGAAUCAGACACCACUCCAACAGCCAACAUCAUUCGUCUUAAGAUCCUGAGAGACAGAGUUUAUAGUCAUGCUUCUGAUGCUUCAGUCGAUGAUGUAACUUUCAGUUCUUACUGGUAUGACAUCAAAGACACCUUUCUGCGUAUUGGUGGGGCCUGGUAUGAGGAUGCUAUCAAUGAUAUUAAAAUUGAUUGUAUGGAUGCACAUCUUGUGGAACACUACCAAGACCUUUUUAGAGAGUGGUUGAAGGAUGAUGACUACAUCACAAACAAAUCACAUAAAGAUGAAACAGUUAAAAAAGCCAGGAAGCAAGAGGACAAGGAUGUUUCCAUUGACAUUUCUGAGCUAAGAUCAGGAGUGAAAGAACUAUUAGUGAAACACAGACCAAUGAACAAUGCCAACGCCAAUCCACCAGAACUCAGUGUGAAAUUUCCAAAUUUGAGUGAUCUUCCAAAAGUCUCUUCUCCUUGGUGCAAUGUUGAACUCCCUGUUGAUAUUCUUUUGUUAACAAUGGAGGACUGUGAGUUCUUAAGCUGCUUUGCCUACUUGAAGGAAUCCUUUAAGAGUUACCACAUCAGUAUUGGCCAUGUGUACUUUGGGUGCAUGGGUGAUGGUCAAGGAAAGAAAAUGAAAAUUGCUUUAACAAGGUGCUGCAAAGGUUCUGAUGUUCCUGGGGGCUCUUUAUCUGCUGCAAAAGAUGCCAUCUUUCUACUGAGACCCAAGGUUACUUUUUCUGUGGGUGCCUGCAGUAGUUUGAAGAACAGACAGGUCAAGCUGGGAGAUGUAGUUGUUUCGUCAAAGCUAAUAACAGGUACACACAAGACUCCCCCAAGCAGAAAUAUUGGUAACCUAAUCAAAGAUAGGGCCAAUGGGUGGAAGGCACCUUUACAAAAUGGUGAUGAAUAUAAUGCCAAAGUGCACUUUGAUGGAGUGGUUCUGAGUAUCUCAGAGGCAAACAAGGACAUAAUUGGCCAACAUCCUGAAGCAAUAGCAGUUGAAAUGGAAGGUGGAGGAGAGUUUGCAGCAGCCCUUAAGACAAAGUGGGUGUUUGUCAAAGGCAUCAAGGACUUUGCAAAUGACGGGCAGUCUUCAAGUGAGAAAUGGAAGCAAAUUGCUUGCAUGAUGGCAGCAUCUGUUGUGGCCAACAUUUUGAGUGAUCCAGUCAUAUUCCAAGGUUGGCUUCAGUUUAAUGCAG